AUGGCCGACUUCGAACAUAGUUCCUCAAUAGAGAAUGAGGAACAAUUAUGGAUUGAGUUGAGUAAAGUAGUCGCUACUAAUUGUCCUGCCGAGGCCCACGAGACUAUCGAUGACGCCUUGAGAUCAUGGCUUUAUCUCGCGUCGCGAUGUCGAGACGAGUUUUCUGAGUCCGGGGAUGAUGUUGCCGACUGCUCGCAAAUCCUCCUCCAUGGGAACCUCUUCCACAUCAACCCGGAAUACGUGCGCACGCAGAUUAUCUAUAGUUUACUGCAGGAAGAUGAACCCGGACCCUUAUAUGUAAUUGCUAAUUUCCUCCUGAUCGAUGGUCGAGCGGAUGAAUCCACUUUCAAAAGGAUGAUUGAGGAGAGUUGCUUCCACCGUCUACUUGAACUCAUCAAUGGGAGAAGAGAUGACGAUCCGAGCUUACAUCGACUACUGUUAGAUUUGAUGUAUGAGAUGUCGCGAAUCGAGCAGCUUCGCAUUGAAGAUUUGCUACACGUCGAUGAUGGAUUCGUAACUUACCUAUUCGGACUCAUCGAGGACUUUUCCGAUGACGCGCACGAUCCAUAUCACUAUCCCAUCAUCCGAGUCCUGCUUGUCCUUAAUGAGCAAUAUAUGGUCGCAUCCACAGCCGCGUUAAAUGACCCCGUAUUGAUUGCGCCGUUGACGAACAAAGUUGUUAAGUGCCUUAGCUUACACGGGUCGAAUUAUAGAACUUUCGGCGAAAAUAUCAUACUGCUUCUUAACCGCGAAACCGAGACGUCUUUACAGCUUCUCAUUUUGAAGCUUUUAUACUUACUUUUUACCACCAAGGCAACGUACGAAUAUUUUUAUACUAAUGACUUGCGAGUGCUUCUUGAUGUCAUCAUUCGUAACCUUCUCGACUUGCCAGAAGAAUUGAUGGCUUUACGGCAUACGUACCUUCGUGUCAUGUACCCUUUGCUUGCACAUACGCAACUUAGCCAGCCACCCCACUACAAAAAAGACGAGGUGCAGAAAUUGUUGAGGAUACUCGCCGGAUCGGGAAAUAAUCAUUUCGCUCCAGUGGAUGAGACAACUCUAAGACUUGUCGAUCGCGUAGCCAAGGUUAACUGGCUGUCUGAUGAAGGCGCCGGUUCUGGAGAGAUCGCACGCAAACUCCUUGGUAUUAGCCUUUCGCACGAGCAGACCGCUAGCAACGUUAGCGUCGUGCACGUAGCGGCGGUUAUGGAGAAACCAGGCGUCCAGACGCCAAGCCGGAAGGUUGAAGUCGAAGCCAUAGCUCAGCCUGAAACUGAAUCCAAGACUGCGGCUAAAGCUAAACCUAUAAUUGAUAAUGGAGAGGAAGUCAAGGGCGAGAUUCCCCGUCCAAAUUCUAGCCGCGGAGAGAAUAGAACAAAAGAAGCGUCGAAGCCAACCAGGCCGAAGAAACCGCUUCCCGAGGUACCGAAGCAUCGGCACGGAGUACCGUAUGUGUCUACGGUACUUGAAAAUGGUACUAGGAAUGUUAAGAAGGCGCCACCUAAGGCACCACCACCGAGACGUAAAGGAAGGAUUAAGCAUACCACGACCACGGAGACGGUGAGGUCUAUAUCGGAGCUUGUAUGA